CCUAUGUCAGUCAAAAAGGCAGUGCAACGCAAGCUGACUCCAGAGACGUUUCUGUUUUGAUGUUUAAAAGUUUGCAGCUGACUUUUUUCUACUGAAAUGGACAGUGCUUUUGAUAACCUGGAUGCAGCUGGAUUUCUGGAAAUCUGGCAACACUUCGAUGCAGAUGAUAAUGGUUACAUUGAGGGCAAAGAGCUUGAUGAGUUUUUCCGGCACAUGAUGAAAAGAUUGGGUCCACAGGAGAAAGCCACAGAAGAGAGAGUCCAGAGACUUAAGCAGAGGUUCAUGUCUGCUUAUGAUGUUACGGCUGAUGGAAAACUGCAGAUUCAAGAGCUGGCUCAUAUGAUCCUUCCUGAGCAAGAAAACUUCCUGUUAAUUUUCCACAGAGAAGCCCCUCUGGACAACAGUGUUGAUUUCAUGAAGAUAUGGAGAAAGUAUGAUGUUGACUGCAGUGGCUACAUAUCAGCUCAGGAGCUCAAGGCUUUCCUGAAAGACUUGUUCGAGCAGCAUCAGAAGGAACUGUCAACUGAGAAACUGGAAGAGUACACUGAUGCCAUGAUGAAAGUUUUUGACAAAAACAAGGAUGGCCGUUUGGAUCUGAAUGAUUUGGCAAGGAUAUUGGCUCUGGAAGAGAACUUCCUGCUGCAGUUCCAGAUGGAUGCCUGCAGUAAAGAAGAAAGAAAGAGAGACUUUGAGAAGAUUUUUGACCACUAUGACGUUAGUAAAACGGGAGCACUGGAGGGUCCUGAGGUGGAUGGUUUUGUCAAGGACAUUAUGGAGCUGGUCCGGCCCAACCUCUCAGGUCCUGAUCUGGACAAGCUGCGUGGUGUUAUGUUGCGUCACUGUGAUGUCAAUCAGGAUGGGAAGAUCCAGAGAAAUGAGCUAGCUCUGUAUCUGGGAGUCAAACCUAAACCUUAGAAAUCCCAUAUUAUCCCACUGAAUUAUGAAACACUGACUGCGUGUUGUAUAGUCAAAUAUAAUGAUGGAAUGUUGAGUCUUUCAGAUCUGAUCACUGAAUUAUUUAUGUUCAAUAAUCAAUACUCAAGUUGAUAUGGCGUACAGUUUGAUACUGGGACAUGCAAGAAAUUAAAGAACCUGAAAUUGGCUUCUUGUGCAUGCCUUAGGACCAACUGAAGAAGGAAUGUGUUUUGAGGAAACAAAUAUGUAUGCUUUAAUGUUUGUGGCAUAUUUGUUGGUGUGUUGGAAAGUAAAACUGUUUAAGACAAAGGCCUUAAUUGUACUGUAGUGAAGUGUUUGCAUUUUUGUUUUAAAGAGUUGGAGGAUGUUCUAUGUAUUUUAAUAAGCUGUAACAAAAAUAAAAAUAAAAAAAAUAAAUACAAA